UUUUCCACUCUCAUGGCAUCGUCACUUAGCGCAUUGCGUCACUGGCGCGCGUUUGCUUCUCCCAGCUCCCGGAAUCGCCAAGGAUCAUCAGUAGCUGCGAGUAAUCUGUGGAGGCGCGGCUUUGCCACGGCGGGGACGAUCCCAGAGUGCUCGGAUCCGGCCAUAAAAAAGGCAUUGAAGCAGCUCUACGCGAUCAACUGGUACGAUAUCGAUGAGAAGACGGCCAACAUUGUCGAGGGGACUUUGAGCACCGGCGAGGGUACCGCCGAUCACACCAUUCUCAAAGAUACGUGGUCGUCCGCCCGUGCGGUGGAGACGUUUUACGGCACUCUGGACGCGCUGAGGAAGUCUAUCGACGAUUUAAUGGGAUUGUCUGGAGAGAACACUGGACCUCUUCCUGACCAACACCAGCGUGCUUUGGAAGCGGUACACUCCAAGUACGUGAAGUACCUGUCGUCCUUUGGAGAACACGAGCAUUCCUUGAAGAAGAAAGUGGAGCUGGAGCUGGGAAGUACGCUCGUCCUCCUCAAACAAAGAGUCUCCGGGCUUCCACCGAAGUGGGGAGAUGUUGGCUUGCUUGGUACUUCAGGACUUAGUGGCUCGUAUAUCGAACAGAGGGAAUGACUUCUUCCGGUUAACAAGCAAUAAAAAAGUCCGAGUGAGCGUAUUCUCUUUCCAUCUCUUGACAGAUUUGAGUUCUCUGGAUCUUCCAGCACACAGGAUUCAUGGCGUCAUCCAUUCGUUGCAACUCCCUGGAGCGAUGAUACGCAACUAAUCAGACAAAAAUACGUGUGCUCCAGACAGGAUUUCUACACACUUUCAUGGUGGUUCUCCAGAGGGACCACGGCUUUUUCGUCGGGCUACAAAAGCAAACUUUCUGCGAGGAAGGACGAUCGACCCACCAGCAUUGCUCGAGCGCUAGCGACGCGAAUUUAAGAAAAAAGUUUCAUCUCUAUCACUGCUCGAGAGAUUCCUGGCUUCACCACCGCCCUCUACGUCCUUUAACCUUUUUUUUCGUCUAAAGGUUUUAAAACUCGAGGGCUCGUUUUCACUGUGCCUGUGAGGCACCCUCGACCACCAUAGCCCGGGAUGUCGACUCGUCCAUACGCUGACGUGGCGGGAACGGUAAAAAGUGAAGCUUUGGUAAAAACGAGGGGGAACUCACAUGCUAUACGUAUAGCAACGGGUAUAAAUCUGUGUGUCAGUACUUUAUGGUUGGGUGGAUUGUGUGUGCUUGGGAAAAAUUUGGAAACCAUUGCAAGGUUUGAUAUUA